AUGCCUCCCCCACCUCCUGGCUUAGGACUGCAACGGCAUGGGCCUUCUCCUCCACCCUCAUUCCUGACUGGGCAGAUGAAGACCUCAACUCAUCGCUCUGUCCCCUCCUUUACUUCUGAGGGCCCCAUCUGGAAGCAGGUUCUUGUGUCGUUUGGGGGUACCCCUCCCGACCUCACAAAGUUUUUCACCGAGUCGGCCGUCCGUGUGGCCAAAGGGUACCUCAGGGAUGGUCGAUCUAUAUUGCAGGUCACUUCCAUCGUCUGCACCUACGACGGCUUGUUGUUGGUUACCCCUGCUGUUGCCAGCCUGUCCAACUUGGACAUACUGCGCAACUUCAUCCAUGAAAGCCUCCUGACGGGUACCCCAUUCGAGGUUGCGCUCCCAUCGUCGACGUCUUUUAUAAAGAUACUUGAUGUUCCCUACUUCGACCCCAAAGGGCUGAAGAUCACCCAGGAGGUGCUUGAAAAGGCCCUCCAUACCUCGGUUCACACUGAGGUCUUUGCCUAUCUGAGCACCAAACCUCGGAUUGAUCACAACUCGGUGCACUUGACAUUGUGCACCGUCUACUGCAACCUUUGGGACUCCCAGCAGGGAACCUGUGCCAAGAAGGCCCUUGGCCAACCGAUCUUCCUUGCUGGGCGGUCCUGCGCAAUCAGGCCUGCCGCACGACACACCAGGGUCCCGCUCUGCCAGCGCACUUCUAUCAGCCAGAUACAUGUAUCAAACACUGUGUUUAGCCAGUGUGAACUCAUAGAUCAGGACUGUGAUUAA